GUAAGAUUUUGACAAGAAGAGUCAAUUUUCUUUGGUGGGAGUCUAUUUAUAAAUAGGGGGCCGUAGCCUGUUUCAUAGCCACUUUGUCCAAAGUGAAGCAAAAGAGCUUGCUUGCACCAAUGCACCAUCUAUCACUCUCUAGAGCCCACCUUAGUAUAAGAGUAAGCAAAUAAGGGAAACUUGACUAGAAUCUUUGGAGAUAUGGAACUGGAAGGGAAAGUUGUGAAAUCAAGAUUCAAGAGAGUAUGUGUGUUUUGCGGGAGCAGUAGUGGCAAGAGGAAAUGUUAUAGAGAUGCUGCUAUUGAAUUAGCCAAAGAAUCGGUGUCAAGAAAGUUGGACCUUGUUUAUGGAGGAGGGAGUAGCGGGUUGAUGGGUUUGGUUUUACAAGCUGUUCACCAUGGUGGAGGCAAUGUUCUUGGUAUCAUUCCAAGAACUCUGAUGAGCAAAGAGAUAUGUGGUGAGACUGUUGGGGAAGUGAGGCUAGUAGCCGACGUGCGCCUAAUGAAGGCAGAAAUGGCCAGCCAUUCUGAUUGUUUCAUAGCCUUACCAGGUGGCUAUGGAACUUUGGAGGAGUUAUUGGAAGUCAUAACUUGGGCUCAGUUGGGUAUCCAUGACAAGCCUGUGGGUUUGCUUAAUGUUGACGGCUAUUAUAACUAUUUACUUACUUUCAUCGACAAAGCCGUGGAUGAUGGCUUUAUCAAACCUUCCCAACGCCAUAUCUUUGUCUCUGCACCAAAUGCUAAAGAACUGGUUCAGAAGCUUGCGGAGUACGUGCCUCUGCAUGAUGGAGUCGUUGCCAGGGCAAGUUGGGACGCUGAGAAGCAGCAACAGCUGGCUUUCACUGCUAUUACUUUAGAGACUGAGAUCACUCUAUAAAGGAGAAGACACGAAAACAAAAAAGGAAACCAAAAAAAAGGUGGGGAAAAAGAUGUUUUAGGCUCUUAGUCUUAGCUUUUUACUCUGGUCAUGUACACCUACCAUGCCAUUUACAAUUUGGUAAGAUUUGAAUGACAAGGAGAUAAAGAAGACAGAUGACAGAAGUGGGUUUGGUGUUAAAAGAGGUAAGCUAAGUUCAUUAUUUGGACAUUUAAGCUGUAUUUUGGUAUCCUAUCCACCCUAAAACCAUGUACAAUAUAUAGGUAGAAAUCUAAUGAAU